CCCAACAGAAGCUCAGACUCAUCCUCUACCACACAGCGAAGACAACCAUCAUCCUCUACCACACAGCGAAGACAACCACCACACACCUCAGGAUGGCUGCCCCUCGUCUCUCUCUGUCUGUGUUUGUGCUGAUGCUCGCCGUGGUCACUCUGACUGAAGGUCUGCGUGGUGCUGGCCCGAGGAAGUGCUGCUUCAAUUUCAUUGACAAACCAGUGCCUGAAAGCAGAGUGACUGGCUACGUCAAGACCAGUCAGCGCUGCUCCAGCCCUGCCAUCUUGCUGAAGACAGUGGUGGGCCGCCAGCUGUGUGUCAGGCCUUCAGCCCAGUGGGUGAAGGAGCUCAUCGGCAACUUGGAUGCCAAAGUUGCUCUAGGAGACGCCACCCACCUGUAACCAUGGAAACAGAGCCACUAAUCCAGUUUACGUGGACGAGUUUGUGUUUUAAUGCUACAGCUUUUCAAACUAUACUCAAACAGCAGCUCUCUGUCUAUGAUAUUUACUAAAUAUUCUAAGACUUUGAUUCAAAACGACUUUUGAAGGAAAAACUGAAUGUUUUUUGUUUUUUUUACCUGUUUCUUUUUGACACGUACCUCAAAUAUUUGUAUGUGUUAUAGUUGCAGAUCUUUUAAGUAUUGAUAUUCACAUAUUCACUUGAUACUUUAUAGAAUAAAGUGUAUUUUUAUUUAAUACAACAUGUAAAGUUUAACAGUCAACACUGUGAUUUGAAGUGACCUAUGAAAGUACAUUCACUAUUAUAGAGUAAUGUUUUAAUCCCACGAGGUGUCAUCAGUUGAGUAUAAGCUAUAAAACUGAAGAGCUUUCUACUUUUUUUUCCUUAUUUAUUCUUUUUUUUUUACAAAGAAUACACAAUUUUAAUGCAAUUUGACAAAAUAAUUACUUGUGUAUGCUUAUACUGUUUGAGCAUUUUUAAUUAAAGCAAGGCUAUAUGUGAACUCA